CCGAAGGAUGGGAAAUGGACUACGUACAAGAAGAACCUCGUUUAGCUUUACAAAUUGGAGGAUAACAAGUAUUCCAUCAAGGACCUUGAAACAAUGACUCAAGAUGAAGAAGAGAGCGUACGGACAUUUGGGAUGCGUUUCCACAAGAUCUCCGACGUGCUGAUGAAAAAAGGGAAGAUCUCAGAGGUCGAGCGCUGUACUAUCUUCAUCGGACACUUGUCCAAAGGUAGGCAAAACAGUAUACUUAGAGAUCUUCUGCGCGACAGGCUUGAUUUCCUACAAGUCCUAAAGCUCGCGAUAAAGGCAGAGGCAGACGAUUACAAGGACUUGGUGUGGAGAGGGAUGAGGAGACGUGACUUUUCUCUCUACAAGGAAUAUGCCACGGAUAGAUGUCCUGAUUUCAAGGACUAUCCCUGGUCGGAGAAGAAUGAGGCCUUGGCUGAGGAAGUGAAGGAGAUACGGGACAUGGUGAAGAGAUUGACGAAACAGGUUACAGAGAUUGUGACCACUACAGGGGCCACGGCCUACCGGGACAAACCUGGAGGGCCCUAUUCACUUCGCUGGGACCGUAGGAACAACGAUUCCUGGAGGAGUGUCGAGGAUAGAAAUCCUCGGACGCUGACUGAUUAUCGUACGAGGGGAAGAGAGAGAGACGAUGAGCCAUGGCGACGUAGGGAUGAUGAGAUAGACCGAGACCGCAGAGAUCGCGAGCCGUUUGCGCGAGCAAGGAGGCUGGAUGAUUACCCGCGAAACCCUCGCUAUGAGGCCGAUCGGGGUAGAGGCGACUCCCGCGGCCGAUGGGGGACAGAUCAGGGCCGACGACAUGGAUAUAGGGACAACAGAUACGAGAGAUCGGACCGAAAUGGAUAUAGGAACGAAAGAUACGAGAGAUCGGACCGAGAUGGAUAUAGGGACGACAGAUACGAGAGAUCGGACCGAGACGGAUAUAGGGACGACAGAUACGAGAGGUCGGGGCGAGAUGGCAACAGAGGUGGUAGGUAUGAAAGAGGAGAUCGGGACUGGGAACGACGAGAUGGGUCGCGCGGACGGUUUGAGCUCGGGGAGAUGCGAGAGAGCAGCGCGACGAGUCACGGGGGUGGUACAACCGAGGGGACCGACGCGAUGAGUCACGAGGGCGAUAUGACUCGGGGGACCGCCGGAAUGAUUCGCAAGGGCGGUAUGAGCAAGGAGGGUCUGGAGGAGACCGCCGCAAUGAUUCGCGCGAUCGGAAUGAGAGAGGGGGAUAUGGCGUCUCAUCAGAAUAUAUCCCAAGUCGCCUGACCCCAAGGCAGCCAGGAGUUCGAUCUCUAGAAGCGCAGACGACAGGCCAUCUACUCCCAGGAACUCAUGCGUCU